AUGGGCCGAGCCAAAUCAUCCUCCAAACCAGUAGCUGUUGCAGAACCGGUACUUACUCACCAGUCAACAGCUAAUUCUGUCCAGCAACAGCAAAUUCCAUGGUUUCCUCCUUCACCAAAUGGCUUCAAACUUAAUGUUGAUGUAGCAACCAAUUUUGAACAGAAAAAAUUAGGCAUUGGAGCUAUACUUAGAGACCAUGAUGGCAUGGUUGUGGCUGCUCUUUCGAAGGUGGUUCAAGGCAGUUUUCGAUCGGAUGAGAUGGAAGCUAAAUCACUUUUUCAUGCUCUCAAUUGGGCAUCUCAAUUACAAUUGUCUAUAACGCAUAUUGAGACGGAUGCAUUGAGAGUUUCCACUACUUUGAAUUCAGCUACAAGUGAUUUAUCUAGUUUUUCAAACUUUAUUUUCGAUGUUCGUUGUCUUUUAUCUUUUUUCCUUGGUGUUUUAGUAUCCCAUGUUAAAAGAACUGCUAAUCAAGCAGCUCAUUUGCUUUAG